CAUCAUUUUCAUUUAACUCUACUGCCAAAGUUCAUGUCUUCAUCCUUUAAUUAUCUUCUGAAAUAUAAUUACUUGAUGUCUUGUUCACUCUCUUUCAGGCCUCUAUAAACGAAGGAAACUCAAGAUGAUGGAAAUCGCCUCCACCAAUUACUUGCCUGAACUUGAAAUGGAGUAUCCAACCUUUCUUGAUCAGUACCAGAUGGAUUCUUUUGCAUGCCCUCUCAAUGAUUUUGACUUCGAGUCUUUCUCCGGAUCCCCAGAGAGCAAUUCAUCUUAUCAGCUAAACUCUGAAACCAUUCUAAAUUGUUUCCCAGCUCAAAGUCCUGAUCGGUCAUUUACCCCUCCAAGACCAACCAAGAGGCUCAAGAACACAUUCAAUACCUUCAAAACUUGUGCCGGUGACUCAAUUUCCCACAAUGUUUCCGCUUCUCCUUCCUCCCAACUCAUUUCUUUUGGCCACAACUUCCAUCUAAAGCCUAAAAGCGAAAACCCGUCCAGUGAGAACAUGGACUUUACAGACUUCGUUUCUCAAGGUUCAUAUCAGGACAAAACUUUCUUCAGUUCUGAUAAUCGAACCAACCAGGUUGGCUUAACCACUAGGAACCCAAUCCAAGCCCAAGAGCACGUAAUAGCUGAAAGAAAACGAAGGGAAAAGCUCAGCCAGAGGUUCAUCGCUCUUUCUGCCGUCCUCCCUGGCCUCAAGAAGAUGGACAAGGCUUCCGUGUUGGGAGAUGCUAUCAAGUAUGUGAAACAACUACGAGAGCGCGUGCAAAAUCUAGAGGAGAAAACAGCGAAGAUCACAACCGGUUCUUCAGUCCUGGUGAAAAGAUCUAUUCUCUUUGCUGACGGUGAAAAUUCUGACAGCCACUGCGCCAAUUCACUCCCUGAAAUCGAAGUAAGAGUUUCUGGGAAAGACGUACUCAUCAGAACUCAAAGCGAUAAACACAGUGGGCGUGCGGCAGUGAUACUCAGCGAAUUAGAAAAGCUUCAUUUCAUUGUCCAGAGUAGCAGCCUUUUGCCCUUCGGAAAUAACAAUAUUGACGUAACUAUUAUUGCUCAGAUGAAGGAAAACUACAUGGCAGCAAAGGAUCUCCUGGGAAGGUUACGAAAGGCUUUGAAGCAAGUUGAUGGAGCCUAACUGUUCAAGGAAUUUAUAUGUUUAUGAUGUUCAUGACACAAGAAUAAGUUUAGUGAAUAAUGAUUUUAAUCGCAGUGCUUUAUUUUUCCUUUUUCCAUCCAUGAAGUGGAUUCAGGAGUUAUAUAUGAAGGGCCUGCGGAGUAGUUUGCAUAUAGUGUACAUGGGUUUGUUCAGCUCUGAGUUGUGGGAAUCUUGAACAGAAGCACACGGUGCCUAGGUUUUUUCUUCUGUUGCUUUUUGCGUAGUUGAUUAAUCGGCUACGUUACCCUACACCAGAAUAGCAUUUUCUGAUCUUUGCUAGUUUUUUUCCCCUCUUCAAGACGGGUUUUUGAGAGGCUUUGACUUAUCAUAUAGACCUCUUUCUUGUAUUUUCUGAGCUUGUGAAAAAGGUUCUGGUUUGAUUGAUUCUAAAUAGCAGACACGAAUUUUAAAUUUGUUCUUCUGUCGUUUUGUGUUUGGUUAC